AUGACUGACACCCCGCUCAAAGUAGCUAUCCUGAUCGUAUCGACCACAGCAUCAAAGGAUCCUUCGACAGACAAGUCGGAACUAAUCCUUCGAGAUGUGAUAGAAAACGAGGGCGGCGGAAAAUGGCAGGUCACAGACACCAAGAUUGUGCAAGACCAUGUUCCUCAGAUACAACGGCAGAUCAUGCUGUGGGCAGACCUGGGUCCCGUAGAGGGGGUCAACUUGAUCCUCACUACUGGUGGGACCGGUUUCGCUGUGUCAGAUAACACACCCGAGGCUGUCGCAACCCUUCUCCAUAGAACCGCCCCCGGUCUGGUUCACGGAAUGCUGGCAGCGUCUCUGGCUGUGACCCCAUUUGCAAUGAUGUCAAGACCGGUGGCAGGUACACGUAACAGCACCGUCAUCGUCACUCUACCUGGAUCCCCCAAAGGCGCCAAGGAGAACUUACAAGCCAUUCUCAAGACGCUGCCGCAUGCGUGCGUACAGGCUGCCGGCGCUGAUUCCAGGAUCCUUCACUCAGGUGGGAUGAAGAAGCUCGAGUCAGAAGCUGGCAUCCAGGGCGCCUCUACAGGACCAGCGCCUCGGAAAGGACAAGCGCAUUCCCACGAUCACCACAGCCACGAUCACAGCCACGGCCAUGUUCACAACCAUGGGCACUCACAUAAUCACGGGCAUGGGCACGGGGGCCUCGUCAGACACACCAAGCCGGAAGAAAAUCCCCUAUCAAAUGAUCCAAGUCUCGGCCCGAGUCGCAGAUACAGAGAGUCACCGUACCCGAUGCUGGAAGUGGACGAUGCCCUGCGGCUGAUCAAAGACUUCACCCCUGACGCCGAGGUCGUGACGACCAAGGUCGACGUGAACAUCAUCAACUCAGUUCUCGCAGAAGACGUCACGGCCAGGGAAAACGUGCCAGCUUUCAGAGCAUCCAUCGUGGAUGGGUACGCGGUGGUGGUACCCGAGGACGGCAACAUGAAGGGCGUCUUCCCCGUCACCGCGGUAUCCCACGCCGCCCCUGGCGAGGUCAAGACCCUCAAGGAAGGAGAAAUUGCCAGAAUCACAACAGGAGCUCCACUACCUCCGGGAGCUACGUCGGUCAUCAUGGUCGAAGACACCAUCCUGAAGUCAAAGACAAAGGACGAAAAGGAAGAAAAGGAGGUGGAGAUCCUCGCCGAAGGGGUGAAGACUGGCGAGAACAUUCGUGAAGUCGGCAGCGAUAUCCAAGAAAACGACACAAUCCUAAAGAAAGGCGAGCAAAUAUCCGGCGUUGGCGGCGAGAUCGGCCUCCUCGCGGCCGUCGGCGUGGCGGAGGUCAAGACCUACAAGCGUCCCAUUGUGGGUAUCCUCUCCACGGGCGACGAGAUCAUCGAGCCGGACCGCCCCGGCGGUCUCCGCCUGGGAGAAGUCCGUGACACAAAUCGCAUCACGCUCAUGUCCGCCGCUCGCCAGUGGGGCUUCAAGGUCGUUGACCUCGGCAUCGCCCGCGACAAGGAGAAGUUGCUCGAGGAGAACCUGCGCGAGGGCCUCCGCCGGAGUGAUCUCCUCAUCACGACGGGCGGCGUCUCCAUGGGCGAACUGGACCUGCUCAAGCCGACGAUCGAGCGGUCACUCGGUGGCACGAUUCAUUUCGGCCGUGUGGCUAUGAAGCCCGGUAAACCGACCACCUUCGCCACGGUGCCGGUCAAGACGACGCUCGGGAAGCGGGUCACCAAGACCAUCUUCUCGCUGCCUGGAAAUCCGGCGUCGGCCUUGGUAACUUUCCACCUCUUUGUCCUGCCCGCCCUCCACAAGCUCUCUGGCAUCGAGCCCACGGGCCUGCCUAAAAUCCCCGUGACGUUAGGCCACGAAUUUCCGCUCGACAAGGCGCGGCCGGAGUACCACCGCGCCGUAGUCACCGUCGGAAAAGAUGGAUCCCUGUCUGCCAACAGUACCGGUGGCCAACGAAGCUCAAAGGUCGGUAGCCUUAAGUCUGCGAAUGCGUUGCUGGCUCUCCCAUCCGGUUCGGAGCCGUUGAAGAAGGGGGUCAAGGUGGAGGCUCUGUUGAUGGGGGAAAUCCGCGUGGAGCUGUGA